GACCUCAAGAAUAUUGAGCCCAAAAAUUCAAAGAGAGUGUCGCGAAAAGCGCACGACUUGUUGGACACGAGUGUUUCGUCUGUCAAUUCGGCCAAAAAAGCUAAACCUAAGACCAGUGGUUCCGCCGCCGCCGCGAAGACCACCCCUAAGGCCAACGCAAACACUCCCAAAGUGAAGGAUAGCGGCGUUGCCGUCGAGGCGGAGGCUGUGGCGCCGCCGCCGCCCAAAAAGACUACGGAAGUGAUGCGAGCGUUGGCCGACAGUACCGACGACGGAGAGUCCGGUGCGUCCAAAGCGACGAAACCGAUGGUUACGCCGAAACGCAAGCCCAGAGCCAACUCGACGUCUGAGCCGUCGUCGGCGAGCAAACGGCUCAAAACAAACGGCGAUCACUCGCUGACGGCGGCCGACGGCGUGGCCUUAGAAGUGGCCGAGAAUGCGGUCCUUCAGCUUCUGUCCUCAUCCCAACCGUUAACGCCUCAAAGAAAAUCAUCUCAAGAAUCGCUGUCCAACGGUGUGGACAACAAACCCGUCGUCGUCGUCGACAAACCCGACGACUCUGUGCUUAUGGACGACUUGUCGCCCAACGAACUCAUUAUUGUCGAAGAUAAGUCUAUGUUUUGUUUAUUUUGCGACCAAUCGUUUGCGGACAGACAGGACGCCACCGCCCACUAUGUCAUACACAUGUGUCCACUCAAGUGUGUCAAGUGCUGCAAACUCUUCGCCACAUACGACCAGUACCUGAAACACGGCAUAGUACUGGUUAAGUAUAGCGCCGCCGCAAAAAUGCUUAACCGGUUUGCCUUCCCGUCGGAACUGUAG